GAUGUCCUGUUUCUUCCUGCUUUCUCUUGUGCAAUAAAUCACUCGCUUUCUACCUGUUCCGGCCCAGGCGCUCACGGAUGAAAACCGUGUCGAUCUUUGACGUUUUGCUUGUUCGAUCAGUCAACAAGCGUUUAUCUCAUAGAAUGGGCUGAGUGUACGCCUUUUCUGCCCGUUUCUGGCUUCUACGUUUUUCUUGUGGUUACAUUGUGUCAAAUCUGCUUUGUGUCGCUCUUUUUCCCUCUUUGAUGUGGCUGCUCAGUCUGGACUCACAGAAUGGACGCGAAGGGACUCCACCGGUUUUCCCACUUUUCCUGUCGGACCCAGCAGGUCGUCACCUCGUCCACCUGGGAAGGCUUGCUGAUCGAACAGUCUACCUUGUCUGCCGAUACCAAAGGUUUGGAGCCGGACACAUGGUGGGUUGACAUCUGCGAUGCCACCGAGGAAGAGGUCAGCACUGUCUGCCAGGCAUUGUCCAUCCACCCUCUGACGGCAGAGGACAUUGCGACCAGGGAACCUCGCGAGAAGAUUGAAGCAUUUCGGAACUACUACUUAAUCUCCUUCCAAACAUUGCUUCCAACCGACGACCUCAAGAGUUCUCGAAGCCUCAAGCCAUCAUCGUCUAUCCCCGGCUCCUCAGGGUUCUACAUUCUGGUGUUCAAGAAUGCCACAGUGACCUUUUCACCCAGUGGUUGUCACCACAUCGCCCGAGUCCGGGACCGAAUCCGCCGGACACAGGACACGCAUCUCGUAUCCAGUGAUUGGAUCUGCUACGCUCUUAUUGACGAGAUCAUCGAUGAUUUCGAACCGUACAUGCGCGCAGCAGAACGUGAAGCCGAUGCGAUCGAAGAUCAAGUGUUCAUCGCCCGCGUCGACGACGUCAAAGCGCUUAUUCCUCAACUCGAUAGCCUCCGCAAAAGCAUCACUCAGCUCAUCCGCUGCCUGACCGGUAAAUACGACGUCUUAAAUGGCUUCGUCAAGCGUUGUCAGGCGAAGGACAGAAAUCCAAUGUUCCCCGAUGGCGAUCUUUUAGUGUACCUGGGCGAUGUGCAAGACCAUCUGGUGACCACGUUGACCAGUCUGUCCCAUUUCGAUGAAAUUGUGGGACGGUCGCAAUCGAAUUUCUUGGCGCAGCUCAGCGUCAACAAUAUCCGAUUGAGUUACGAUGUCAAUGCGGUCUUGAGUAAGGUGACCAUCCUGGCGACAAUCUUUGUGCCCUUGCAUAUGGUCACUGGGUUGUUUGGUAUGAACGUCGAGGUGCCUGGACAGAAUGUAGAGAAUCUUGGAUGGUUCUUUGGUAUCAUAGGGUGCAUGUGUGCAUUUGUCGUGGUUUGCUGCUUGCUUGCGAAGAGGCUGCGGUUGCUCUAGACACCGUUUCGGGUCCUAGCACUAUUUUCAUAUGGUCGCAAAUCAUCCAUGAUGGCAUAACUGGGGCAAUGCAAUUCGCAAAUACUCCCGACGGA